AUGCCUUCUCUGUCGCAUCUACUGCUGGGCGCCGCCCUCUGCCUGGCCCAGCUGGCGGCAGCGAAUCCCGAAGAUGGCCUCCCUUCCUACCACUACGGCGCGCCUAUCCACGUCGAGUGCAUGAACCGCAGCUCCGAAACAGGCGAACACCUCGAAAACUCCAACCACGAGAUCGAAUGGAUCCCCUUCCCGAUCUGCGAAGAAACCAAUAAACCCCUCGAGUUCCACUACGGCCACGAAGGCGAGGUGAACUGCACCAUCCCGAUGAUCACCGACCCCUUCUUCCACCUCCUCGAGUUCUACAUCCACAACGAUGCGCCCCUCUCCUGCCGCCUCCCCUCUCGCCCCGUACCCCACGUCGAGACCGUCGGCGAGAAGCCUCACGUGCCGGAAUACAUCCCUCUCGUCUUCGCCCUCGCCGGCACCCUCCAGUUGAGCCACCUGCACGUCAGCACUCACAUGAACGUGCUCCUGCACAGCAUGCCGAAGCACCACACUCGGCCCCACGACUCGGGCGUGCUGGACUCUGGUACGGCGUACAGCACGAGCCCGCUGAGCCACAUGGAUGGACAAAAUACCAAAAGGCUGGUGAUCGGAGACCCGUUACCCUUGAAGCUGUCCGUCAGGUGGUUUCCUACACCGAACCUGCCGAAGAUCGAAGGCCAUGUGGAGUGGCAGGGUAUGGGCGGGCACGUGUACGCGAGCACCGUUUUCUACAUCAUUACGUCCUUCAUGGCGGGCGUGCUCGUCGCCGGGACGUACUUCUUCGGCGUAGUCCUGCCAAAGAGGUUGAGAGGAAGAGGCAUGGGCGGCGCGACGCCACUGGGAUACGGACUGAACGGUGUUGGCAACGGUUGGGGAUACUCUAAGACUGCCAAGCGGAUGGACUAA